AUGAAACGACGGCAUGUCCAUCGCGCAGCCGUCGCCUUGGGCAGUAAUAUGGGCGAUCGCAUUGCCAACAUUGAGGACGCCCUGACUGAAAUGCGCAAGAAAGUGACGGUGCUGAAAGUCAGCCCCUUGUACGAGACCAAGCCCAUGUACUACGAGGACCAAGACUUGUUCAUCAACGGCGCUUGCGAGGUCGAGACUGACCUGGAUCCCAUUGGCCUUCUGGAUACUCUGCAAGGUGUCGAGAAUGACUUGGGCAGGAAAAGGACCAUUGAUAAAGGCCCUCGACCCAUUGACCUCGACGUCAUCCUCUACAACCGAGAGAGGGUACAGCAUGAGCGUCUUGAGGUGCCCCACAAGCUCAUGCAUGAACGGGAGUUCGUUCUCAGGCCAUUGUCAGACAUCAUCCCUGAUGCAGUCGUAUCAUCCGCUAACAACGGGCACGACUCAAAUCGGACUGUAGCUGACCUAUACCUUGGGCUUCUCGCCCGUGACAAAACAAUGUCGCCUGUCACACAAUUGACACCUCGUCUCCCACUGAUCCGCUCUACUGAUCCCCAAAAGCCCACGUCGCUGAUGGCGAUCCUUAACAUCACGCCUGAUUCUUUCUCUGACGGAGGCCUGCACACUGCCAAUGACCAAGCUCACCUGGAAAGCACAGUCAAGGCCUUCAUAGCCCAAGGAGCCACUAUUCUCGACAUUGGAGGCCAAAGUACGCGGCCAAAAGCAGAACUCAUCAGCCCUACGGAGGAGCUACAGCGUAUCCUGCCAGUCAUCAAAGCAAUCCGUCAGAUGCCAGAAGCCGACAACACUGCCAUCAGCAUAGACACAUUCUACGCCGAAGUUGCUAGAGAGGCCGUGGCGGCGGGAGCCGACAUCAUCAACGACAUCUCCGCCGGUGUCCUUGACCAAGACAUGCUCCCCACGGUGGCCAAACUCGGCAAGACCAUCGUGCUAAUGCACAUGCGAGGCGACCCACACACCAUGACCGAACUCACCAGCUACCCGUACGGAGUCGUCGAUGGCGUCGCUCAAGAACUGGCUCAGCGUGUCCAGGCCGCGCUCGACGCCGGCAUUCCACCCUGGCGCAUCAUUUUGGACCCCGGCGUCGGCUUCGCAAAAAACCAGGGUCAGAAUCUCGAGCUCCUCAGGCGUCUCGCCGAGCUGAGGGAAUACUGUACCACCUUUCCUCAACUGUCGGGCCUGCCCUGGUUGCUUGGGACAAGUCGCAAGGGCUUCGUGGGCAAGAUCACCGAGACGCCGGACCCGGCGCAGCGACAGAUGGGCACGGCUGCGACCGUCACUGCAAGUAUCGCUGGUGGGGCGGAUAUCGUGAGGGUGCAUGAUGUCGCUGAAAUGGCCCAGGUGGUGAAAAUGGCUGAUGCCAUUUAUCGCUGA